ACAGGCGGUCCUGGUUCACCUAUAAAUCUAUGUAACAACCCUUCACCAUCUUACGAAGACCAGCAAAAGAAACACAUUUACGUUCUGCAAUAUGGAGAAACGAGUUUUCAUCUCCCUUGUUUUGGCUCUCCUUGUUGUAGGGGUGAAAUCAACAAAGGUGACCUUCACAAAUAGGUGCCCAUUCACAGUGUGGCCGGGCACGUUGAACAACUUCGGCCAGCCCCCGUUGUCCAAAACAGGAUUCGAACUAGCACAGGGUGCAUCAGAAUCACUAGAUGCACCCAUAGGAUGGGAAGGCCGGGUCUGGGGCCGAACCGGUUGCUCCACAGACCCUAAUGGAAGGUUCAGAUGCGACACAACAGACUGCGGCAGUGGUGUAGUCGCAUGCAACGACAUGGGUGCCGUACCGCCGGCCACCCUAAUCGAGUUCAAAUUCCAGGGUGACGGUGGCAAGGAUUUCUACGACACAAGCCUAGUUGACGGCUUCAACGUGGCCUUUUCCAUUGCCCCACAAGGCGGAACUGGGAAUUGUUCUGUUAGUAGUUGCCCAACAGAUGUGAACGCGAUCUGCCCACAAGUGCUUCGGGUCGCUGCACCGGCCGGUGGCGCGACGAUUGCAUGCAAGAGUGCUUGCGUAGCGUUCAACACUGACGAAUAUUGUUGCAGGGGUGCGUUUAAUACAUCAGAUACAUGCAAGCCUACGAGCUAUUCCAUGAUCUUCAAGAAUGCAUGUCCGUUGGCUUAUAGCUAUGCGUAUAAUGACGGUUCCAGUACUUUUACAUGCACCGGUGCUGACUACAUCCUCACCUUCUGCCCGUGAGCUCAAUAUCCUAUAAAAGGUUUUAUAUAUAGAGUAUUUGUAUUUGAA